AUGGAGACUGGCGCCGGUACACACCCUCUGCGCCUGUUCAUCUGCCUGAUGCCACUCUGCCUGGCUCUGUUUCUGGGACCUGGACGGCCAGGGACCGCCGAGGAAGUUAUCCUCCUGGACUCCAAAGCCUCCCAGGCUGAAUUGGGUUGGACUGCACUGCCAAGUAAUGGGUGGGAGGAGAUUAGUGGCGUGGACGAACAUGACCGUCCCAUUCGCACGUACCAAGUAUGCAACGUGCUGGAGCCCAACCAGGACAACUGGCUGCAGACUGGCUGGAUCAGCCGCGGCCGUGGGCAGCGCAUCUUCGUGGAACUGCAGUUCACGCUGCGUGACUGCAGCAGCAUCCCUGGCGCCGCAGGCACCUGCAAAGAGACCUUCAACGCUUACUAUCUGGAAACCGAGGCCGACCUGGGACGCGGGCGUCCCCGCCUAGGAGGCAACAGACCCCGCAAGAUUGACACUAUUGCAGCUGAUGAGAGCUUCACACAGGGUGACCUAGGGGAACGCAAGAUGAAGCUGAACACAGAGGUGCGUGAGAUCGGCCCCCUCAGCCGUCAAGGCUUCCACCUGGCUUUCCAGGAUGUGGGUGCAUGCGUGGCACUGGUCUCGGUUCGUGUCUACUACAAGCAGUGCCGUGCCACUGUGCGGGGCCUGGCCGCCUUCCCCGCCACAGCAGCUGAGAGUGCCUUCUCCACGCUGGUAGAAGUGACUGGAACAUGUGUGUCCCACUCAGAAGGGGAGCCUGGCAGUCCUCCCCGCAUGCACUGUGGCGCUGAUGGCGAGUGGUUGGUGCCCGUGGGCCGUUGCAGCUGCAGUGCAGGAUUCCAGGAACGUGGUGACAUCUGUGAAGCUUGUCCCCCAGGGUUUUUCAAGAUGUCCCCAAGGCGGCCCCUCUGCUCACCGUGCCCGGAGCACAGCCUGGCUCUGGAGAACGCCUCUACAUUCUGUGUGUGUCAGGAAACCUAUGCUCGCUCGCCCACCGACCCGCCCUCAGCCUCCUGUACCCGGCCACCGUCAGCGCCACGGGACUUGCAGUACAGCUUGAGCCGCUCCCCACUGGCGCUGCGACUGCGGUGGCUGCCGCCUGCGGACUCCGGCGGUCGUUCCGACGUCACCUACUCGUUGCUGUGCCUGCUCUGCGGCCGCGACGGCCCACCGGGAGCAUGCCAACCCUGCGGGCCACGCGUGGCCUUCGUCCCGCGCCAGGCAGGGCUGCGGGAACGCGCCGCCACGCUGCUGCACCUGCGGCCGGGCGCGCGCUACACCGUGCGCGUGGCCGCGCUCAACGGUGUCUCAGGACCUGAGGCUGCUGCGGAAGCCACCUACGCGCAGGUCACUGUGUCCACCGGACCCGGGGCACCCUGGGAGGAGGAUGAGAUCCGCAGGGACCGCGUGGAGCCCCAGAGCGUGUCCUUGUCAUGGCGGGAGCCUGUCCCUGCUGGAGCUCCCGGAGUCAAUGGCACAGAGUAUGAGAUCCGCUACUAUGAGAAGGGUCAGAGUGAGCAGGCUUACUCCACAGUGAAGACAGGGGCACCGGCUGUGACUGUCACCAACUUGAAGCCUGCCACCAGAUACGUUUUUCAGAUCCGGGCGUCCUCCCCAGGGCCUUCAUGGGAGUCUCAGAGCUUCAACCCAAGUAUCGAAGUGCAGACCCCAGGGGAAGUUGCCUCAGGGUCCAGAGACCAGAGCCCUGCAGUGGUUGUCACUGUUGUGACCAUCUCAGCCCUCCUGGUCCUGGGCUCCGUGAUGAGUGUGCUGGCCAUCUGGAGGAGGCCGUGCAAUGGCAAAGGAAGCGGAGACGCCCACGACGAAGAGGAACUGUAUUUCCACUUCAAAGUCCCGACGCGCCGCACGUUUCUGGAUCCCCAGAGCUGCGGGGACCCACUGCAGGCUGUGCAUCUGUUUGCCAAAGAGCUAGAUGCCAAAAGCGUCACCCUGGAGAAGAGCUUGGGAGCAGGCCGAUUUGGGGACCUGUGCUGUGGCUGCCUGCAGCUGCCUGGUCGCCAGGAGCUGCCCGUGGCUGUGCACACUCUGAGGGAUGGUUGUUCCGACUCCCAGAGGCUCAGCUUCCUGGCUGAGGCCCUUACCCUGGGGCAGUUUGACCACAGCCACAUUGUGCGGCUGGAAGGUGUUGUCACUCGAGGAAAACCCUUGAUGAUUGUCACUGAGUACAUGAACCUCGGGGCCCUUGAUGACUUCCUCAGGCAUCAUGAGGGGGAGCUGAUGGCAACACAAUUGAUGGGUCUGCUACCAGGGCUGGCAUCAGCCAUGAAGUAUCUGUCAGAGAUGGGCUAUGUGCACCGGGGCCUGGCGGCCCGCCGGGUUCUUGUGAGCAGUGGCCUCAUCUGUAAGAUCUCUGGCUUUGGGCGGGGUCCCCGGGACCGAGCAGAAGCUGUCUACACCACCAUGAGUGGCCGGAGCCCAGCACUCUGGGCAGCUCCUGAGACAAUUCAGUUUGGACACUUCAGUUCUGCUAGUGAUGUAUGGAGCUUUGGCAUUGUCAUGUGGGAAGUGAUGGCCUUUGGGGAGCGGCCCUACUGGGACAUGUCCGGACAAGAUGUGAUCAAGGCUGUGGAGGAUGGCUUCCGGCUGCCACCCCCCAGGAACUGUCCCUCCCCACUGCACCAACUGAUGCUUGACUGCUGGCAGAAAGACCCAGGUGAGCGGCCCAGGUUCUCCCAGAUCCACAGCAUCCUGAGCAAGAUGGGGCAGGAGCCAGAACCUUCCAAGUGUGCUGCGAACACCUGUCUCAGGCCUCCCACGCCCCUGGCGGACCGUGCCUUCUCUACCUUCCCCUCCUUUGGUUCUGUGGGUGCUUGGCUAGAGGCCCUGGACCUGUGCCGCUACAAGGACAACUUCUCUGCAGCUGGCUAUGGGAGCCUGGAAGCUGUGGCUGAGAUGACCGCCCAGGACCUGGGGAGCCUGGGAAUCUCUUCUGCUGAGCAUCGAGAAGCCCUCCUGAGUGGGAUCAGUGCCCUGCAGACUCGAGUACUGCAGAUACAGGGUCAGGGGGUGCAGGUGUGAGCGGCUCAGUCCUGCCCAAGGACCUGCAAGCUA